UUUUCGUUCGGAUUUUCUUGUUUAAAAUGAUUUUCUUUCUACUUUUGACCGCAUUUGUGUUAUACUUGUUCAAUGAAUUUUAUUGGAAGCGACGAGGAUUGCCACCAGGUCCCAUUCCACUUCCCAUUAUCGGAAAUAUGAUUGAACUUUUCUCCUAUCCUCCACCAACCGCGGCAUACGACGCAUGGACCAAGAAAUUUGGCAAGAUAUACACAGUUUGGAUGGGAACUGACCCAGCUGUCAUAAUAACUGGAUACAAAGAGCUCAAGGACACUUUUGUUAAUGAUGGACACAGCUACUUAGACAAAAUGAUUUACUCAAAGUUGAAUACAUCGCUUCGUGGAGGAGACUAUGGAGUUAUUGACACUAAUGGGAACACGUGGAAAGAGCACCGAAAAUUUGCGUUGCAUACUUUGAGGGAUUUCGGUAUGGGGAAGGAAGCUAUGGAAGCAUCGAUUCAGUUAGAAGUUGACAAAAUUGAUGAAGAGCUGAAGAAGGUGGAAGGAAAGGAAGUUAAUAUUCAGGAACAUUUCGACUUGGCAAUUGGCAACAUAAUCAACCAGUUCCUCUUUGGAAACCGAUUCAAAGAUUCCUCAAAAUUCAAUGAGCUUAAGAAACUACUGGACCUUUUCUUUGAAGUUCAAGGUAGUCUUCGUGUCUACUUCGCGUAUACAGUCGAUUUUUUGCCUCAAUGGAUGGUCGAGCUUCUCACUCCUGAUGUCAGCCGAGUGCGUGAUGGAAUCUACCAAUUCUUCGAUGAACAAAUCGAAGAACACCGACAGGAAAUUGAUUUUGAAACUUCUGAUAGCAAGGAUUACGUAGAAACUUUUAUGAAAGAGCAAAAGAAACGAGAAGCCGAAGGAGAUUUUGCGUCAUUUUCGAAUGAGCAGUUGAAGAAUAUGUGUUUCGAUAUGUGGGUUGCCGGGAUGCACACAACUACAAAUACAAUGGGAUUCCUCACUGCUUUUGCACUUAAUAAUAUGGAUGCUCAGAGGAAAAUGCAGAAGGAAUUGACAGAAGUAAUUGGAGACCGAGUGGUUACAAUGAAGGAUAAAUUGAACUUACCAUACACAAAUGCAUUUAUUAAUGAAGCUCAACGAUGUGCCAAUCUAGUCCCAAUGAAUCUCCCACAUGCUGUUACUCGUGAUGUUCAACUCCUUGGGUGUACAAUUCCAAAGGGAACAACAGUCAUUCACCAAAUCAGCAGUGUUAUGUCAGACCCAGAAAUAUUCGAAGAACCCGAAAGAUUUGUGCCUGAAAGAUAUCUGGAUGAGAGUGGAAAUCUGAAAAAAAUCGAAGAACUUGUCCCAUUCUCAAUUGGGAAACGGGUAUGUCUUGGAGAAGGACUUGCUCGAAUGGAAUUGUUCCUGUUCACUGCAAAUUCUUUCAAUCGAUACGAGUUUAACUGUGGAUCCAAUGGAGUUCCAUCACUGGAGAGAACUUUUGCUUUCAUCGCAAAAGCUCAAGAUUACACAUGUCAGGUCAAGCCAAGAUACUCAAGCUAAAGUUUCAGACUGUUUUUAAUUUUUGCUUUGUGAUAUUUGUUUGUUCAAACUGAGAUCUUUAAAUGAAAAAUGAAGCUUUAAAAGUU